AUGGCGUCGUCCUACUUGCGCCUAGCAGUUCACAGGGUAGCGCAACACUACUACCUUAUAACUUCGGUGAUUGACAGCAACGUGGAAGGAUGCAGGAUCAUAGUCCGGAAGAGUGGGGAGAAUAAGUUUCCCUCGAUCAGGCUCGCGGACAUUCCUGUUGCCGCGGAUGGUGGCAGCAACUCCAACACCAAGUUUGUGAUCAAGCAGAGACCACAGGCUAGUUUUAUAUCCGGUGGAGAUAGCAGCGGGGCUGCUAGUGGAUCCGGAAGCAAUGCCUCCAAGAGUAUGGAGGAACGGAACGAGGAGUAUAACAAGGCCCGAGCCAGGAUUUUUCGGCAUGAGCAGGAACAGAGAGCUUAUGACGAGCUGCUGGAAGUAGAGAAGAGGAAAACUGCAAAGGUGAUAGAAGUAAGAGAGAGCGCUUCAACCCCCGAGCAGGGAAGGCAGCGGAUGAACGCCGGAUCUGGCAGUAAUAGCUGCAGCAGCAGCAGCAGCAGCAGCGGUGGCAGCGGCAGCAAAGCAGACAAAGAUCAAUCCAGCAAGUCGAGGCAAAAGGUUGCUAUAUUCCGUGACCGAGAGAAAGAUCGCAAAGAUCCCGAUUACGAUCGGAACUAUGACAGGUAUAAGUUCUUAGCCGAGGUUACAACCUUCGUUGAUGCCUUUCUUUGCAUUUGCAGGUAUUCACAGCGGUUUGAUCCAGGUUUUGGACUAAACCAGCCACCAGCCUUUGGUAUGCAAGCUCGGUAUACUCCUGUUGUGAAUUAUAACACAGAGUUUCCCCAGCUUGGCUGUCCUCCUGUAAGGCAAAUGCCACCGCAAGUAACCAGUCAAUCGGGCUGGAGGCACGCAUACCAACAACACCAGGAUAUGAUGCGAGCCCCGGCACCGUUUAAUCCUCCGCCACCGCGGGUGUCUCCACACACCAACAUGGCGACUUAUAUGUCGCAGUACCCAUAUCCUCGGCCUUCUAUGGCCUAUCACUACUCUUCGCAAGUUUCUCAGUGCGCUGCAACUCUCACGGUGUUCGUGGUGACUCCACAGAAGCCACAAGCCAAAACUUGCGAGGCCGCUGCAAGCAAUCAAGCGAGCAAGCAAGGCAUCACGCAAUCUUUCGAAAUGGAUAUGUAUGAAGCUUGUGAAAUUCCCUGGAAAGCCACCCAACCCAGUUAG